UGCCCGAGGCGGUUGGGCGCCUCCUCCCGCCGGUGCCGUGCCGGGGUGCUUUGGGCUCCUUCCCCUCUCCUCCUCCGCGGGGCGGCCCGUCGGCCCUCGAGCUUCCAGCCGCCUGGGUUUGGCUGGUGGAGGGUGGAGCUCUGAAAAGCCGGUUCAGGAGCUGCCAGAGUCCCUAAAUUGCUUCACCUUUGUUCUUGUGAGAAGAGGACAGUGGCCAGGAACUUAUUAGUGUGCCAGGAACAUGGGGGAUCACCUUGACCUUCUCUUAGGAGUGGUACUCAUGACCAGCCAUGGGCUUGGACUUUCUCCCUGCUCCUCCAAUGGUCAGAUAGCAUUGUAUCGUUUCUGCAACCUCACUCAAGUCCCCCAGGUCCUCAACACCACUAAGAACCUCCUGCUAAGCUUCAACUACAUCAAGACAGUCACAGCUACUUCAUUCCCCUUCCUGAAGCAGCUGUUACUGCUGGAACUUGGGACUCAGUUUACUGCCUUGACUAUUGAUAAAGAAGCCUUCAGAAACCUGCCCAAUCUUAGAAUUUUAGACCUGGGCAAGAGUCAGAUAGACUUCUUACAUCCAGAUGCUUUUCAGGGACUGCCCCAUCUGUUUGAACUGAGGUUAUUUGGCUGUGGUUUCUCCAAUGCUCUGCUAAGAGAUGGUUAUUUCAGAAAUCUGGAGUCUUUGAUGCACCUGGACCUGUCCAAGAAUCAGAUUCAAAGCCUUUACUUUCAUCCUUCAUUCGGGGAACUGAAUUCCUUGAAGUCCCUUGAUUUUUCUCUCAACCAAAUAUCUACCAUGUGUGAGCAUGAGCUCAGGCCUCUCCAAGGAAAAACACUCUACUUUUUAAACCUUGCUUCUAAUCACCUAUACAGAGACUUUGUGGACUGGGGGAAAUGUAUGAACCCAUUCAGAAACAUGAGCCUGGAAACCCUAGAUGUUUCCAGCAAUGCCUGGACCGUAGACAUCACAGGAAACUUUAGCAGUGCCAUCAGUGGAAGCCCAGUGUCCUCUUUGGUUCUUUCCUACCACAUUAUGGGUUCUGGGUUUGGCUUCCAAAACAUCAAAGAUCCUAAUCGGAACACAUUUGCUGGCCUGGCCAGAAGCUCAGUGAUACGCCUGGACCUUUCACAUGGCUUUAUCUUCUCCCUGAACUCCCGAGUUUUUGAGGCCCUCAAAGAGUUGAAGCUUUUGAACCUUGCCUACAACAAGAUAAACAAGAUUGAGGGUGAAGCAUUUUAUGGACUCAACAGCCUCCAAGUUCUCAAUAUGUCAUACAACCUUCUGGGGGAACUUUUUAAUUCUAAUUUCUAUGGACUACCUCAAGUAGCCUACAUUGAUCUGCAGAAGAAUCACAUUGGGUUCAUCCAGGAUCGAACAUUCAGAUUCCUGAGAAAAUUAAGCACCUUGGAUCUCCGAGAUAAUGCUCUUAAAACGAUUAAUUUUCUUCCAAGCAUAUCUACUAUCUUCCUGGGUGGCAAUAAACUGGUGAGUUGGCCAAUGGUCACGUUUACAGCCAACUUCAUCCAGUUAUCAGAGAACAGGCUGGAAAAUCUGGAUAAUCUCUAUGUCCUUCUCCAGGUGCGUGGCCUCCAGACUCUUAUUUUAAAUCAGAAUCGCUUUUCCUCUUGUCACCAACAACUUGCCCCUUCAGAGAAUCUCACCUUGGAACAGCUUUUCCUUGGAGAAAAUAUGUUGCAACUUGCCUGGGAAACUGGGUUCUGUUGGGAUGUGUUUAAGGGACUUUCCAAUCUCCAAGUCCUGUAUUUGAAUAGUAACUACCUGAAUUUCCUUCCACCAGGAGUAUUUAGCCACCUGACUGCAUUAAGGGGACUCAGCCUCAACUCCAACAGGCUGACGGUUCUUUCUUCUGGUGACUUACCUGCCAAGUUAGAGGUCCUUGAUAUAUCGAGAAACCAACUUCUGUCUCCUGAUCCUGAUAUAUUUACAUCACUUAGUUUCCUGGACAUAACUUAUAACAACUUCAUCUGUGAGUGUGAACUAAGUGCUUUUAUCAUUUGGCUCAAUCAAACCAAUGUCACUCUAGUGGGGUCUCCUGAAGACCUAUCCUGCACGUACCCCAGCUCGCUCUCUGGGGCAUCCCUCUAUGCUGUUUCCACGGAAGAUUGUGAUGAAGAGAAAUUCUUAAAGGCCCUAAGAUUUUCCCUUUUCUUAUUCCUCACUGCCACAUUGACAGUGUUCCUUGUGGCCACCCUGACAGUCAUAAAGUUCCGGGGGUUUUGUUUCAUCUGCUGUAAGACAGUCCAGAGACUGGUGCUCAAGGACCAGACCCAGAGGAGAGCAUCUGACAUGUACCAAUAUGAUGCCUAUUUGUGCUUCAGUAGCAAAGACUUCGAAUGGGUGCAGAACGCUUUGCUAAAACACCUGGAUACUCAGUACGACGACCACAACAGAUUUAACCUGUGCUUUGAAGAAAGAGACUUUGUCCCAGGACAGAACCACAUUGCCAACAUCCAGAAUGCCGUGUGGCACAGCAGAAAGAUCAUCUGCAUUGUGAGCAGACACUUCCUUCGAGAUGGGUGGUGCCUUGAAGCCUUCACUUAUGCCCAGAGCAGGUGUGUGUCAGACCUCAGCAGCGCCCUCAUCAUGGUGGUGGUGGGGUCCCUGUCCCAGUACCAGCUGAUGAAGCAUCCGUCCAUCCGAGAAUUUGCACAGAGGCAGCAGUACUUGAGGUGGCCUGAGGAUCUCCAGGAUGUUGACUUUUUUCUCAAUAAACUCUCUCAACACAUACUGAGGAAAGAAAAGGGAAGGGAGAAAGAUGAUAAUGUCCCAUUGCAAACUGUCACCACCAUCUCCUAAUCAAAGGCACAGUUUUCAGCUUCCCUCAUGCCAUAAAUAACUCUUUCACUUGGGACUUGCUCUAAGUUACCAUUUUGGGUGUUUCCCAGAGUUUUAUUUUCUUGAUGAAAACAACAUAAAUCUCUUGAUUUUUCAUAGUAACACAGUGUUUUUUUCUCACUGACUGCCAAAUUGCAAGUAAUAGAUCUAGAAAAUUGCAGGUGCUUCCAGAGGUUCCCACUCUCCAUUGAUUUCCUUUCAGACCGAAUAAUACUGUUCUCUCCUGCUGCACUGACUCCUGUUCAUUGAUCCCUCUCCUGGGAAGGGCACCUUGAGAGCAGUUCCAGAUGGCCAACCCUCCAGAUUUAGAAGGGGCUGGCCAAAGAUUCUGAGCUCUCUGCUUGGUAGAAUAACGCUAAGAAAGUGAACAGAAAAAGAGGGAUGUUUCCUACUUCCACCAUGGAGACAAUCAUUGGGUGCAGGGCUCAGUCCCAAGGUCAAGAUGUGGCCCCAAAGGAGCCAGGAUGAGAACAACUAGAUCUCUUCUGGCCGUGCAGCUCUUCCUGCUCUUCUGUCAGUUCCACCAUGUCUCAUCCUGCUAGGUCACCAAUGUCGUUUCAUACACAGAACUUUUAUUUCAAGCUGGCAUUCAAGACCCUCCAUGAUUUAACACCAAUGUAGUUCAGCUUUAUUUCCUUUCAUUCCUUGUGUAUCAACCACUCAGGCUAUUGUGGGUAAAGCUAGGACAGAUGCUAGUUUGAGUUCUUAUCCUGCUGCUUUUUAGCUGUGUGACCUUGAGCCUCUUACACACACCCUCACUGUGCCUCAGUCUUCACUGCAGACACGAUGAUCUCUACCUCAUGCAGUCGCUGUGAAAAUUAAAUUGACUAAGGAUCUCAGGGUUUCUCAGGUCUUUUCCUUAGUCAUCCAGUGGCCACCAGGAGGUACACAUACCAGGGGCCUUCUGGAAGCUGUCAUAAUUUCUUUGAAGUUGUAUUUUUUAUCUUAAAAAUAAAACUACAUGUAUUUUGC